CCAAUCCAUCUCUUUUCCCUUGCAGCUUUUGUGUAGGUGCAAGUAUAUAAAAACUUUCUGUCAGCAAAUUGAAAGGAACAUAGCAGCAAGAUGUCUGCCCGAAGUGGGAAAAAGAAAAUGUCCAAAAUGUCACGCUCAAGCAGGGCAGGUGUUAUUUUCCCUGUGGGCAGGAUGAUGCGCUACUUGAGGAAAGGAACAUACAAGUACCGGAUAGGUGUUGGAGCACCAGUCUACAUGGCAGCUGUCAUAGAAUACCUAGCAGCUGAAAUAUUAGAGCUAGCAGGGAAUGCAGCAAGAGACAACAAAAAGGGAAGAAUUGCUCCCAGACACAUCCUCCUGGCAGUUGCUAAUGAUGAGGAACUGAACCAGUUGCUAAAAGGAGUGACCAUUGCAAGUGGAGGGGUCCUGCCCAGAAUUCAACCUGAACUUCUUGCCAAAAAACGAGGUGCCAAGGGCAAAUCUGAAACUAUUCUUUCCCCAUCUCCUGAGAAGAGAGGGAGGAAAUCCUUGGUGAGCAAGAAGAGUGGAAAGAAAGCAAAGGCUACCAAAGCCCGGGCACCCAAAAAGAGCAAGCAGAAGGAAAAUGAAAAAGACGGGGCCUCAAAUUCAACAUCUGAGGAUGGACCUGGGGAUGGAUUCACAAUUCUGUCUUCUAAGAGCCUUGUUCCAGGACAGAAGCUUUCUCUGACACAAAGUGAUGUCAGCCAUAUUGGCUCCAUGAAAGUAGAAGGCAUUGUUCACCCAACAACUGCUGAAAUAGACCUCAAGGAGGAAAUAGGCAAGGCCUUGGAAAAGGCUGGAGGGAAAGAAUUUUUAGAAACAGUAAAGGAACUCCGCAAAUCACAAGGACCUUUGGAAGUUGCUGAAGCUGCCCUCAGCCAGUCCAGUGGUUUAGCAGCAAAGUUUGUGAUCCAUUGUCACAUCCCACAGUGGGGUUCAGACAAAUGUGAAGAGCAACUUGAGGAGACUAUUAAAAACUGUUUAACAGCUGCAGAGGACAAGAAGUUAAAGUCUGUGGCUUUUCCCCCCCUCCCCAGUGGCAGAAACUGUUUCCCAAAACAGACUGCAGCCCAGGUGACUCUCAAAGCCAUUUCUACCCAUUUUGAUGACACUAGUUCUUCCUCCUUGAAGAAUAUUUACUUUCUGCUCUUUGACAGUGAGAGCAUCGGAAUCUACGUGCAAGAAAUGGCCAAGCUAGACACCAAGUAGCUAUGGCAGCCAAAUGAAACUUUCUUUUUCAGCAUAAAUUUGAGUAGCAUUAAAAGAAUUAGAGGUGGGUUUUAUUUUUAAAAUGUGGCAAAGAGGGGGAAUGUUAGUAGUUUGAUGUUUUGUGAGUUAAUGGAGACCUUUGCUAUGGAGGAGAGGGUUUAGUCUGUGAUUAAUUCUUGCUAUACACACCCUCUACCAUUUUAUAUCACCUUAACGAAAUCUUGAGUAGUUAAUUUGCCAGCUCUCUUCAAGUUUGUUUAAAUGUGUCUUGCUUUUUUAGUUUAGGACUCAUUUUAGAUUUGUAGCUUUGAAUUUUACACACAAAUUCUUUGUCCCCUUUAUUUUUUGAGGGUGAAUGGCAAAUUCUUUUUUGGGGGGUCUACAUUCCAUGUUGGAGAGAGAAUUUUAAAGGUGUACUUGGACCUUCUAUUUUGUUUUAUCCCAUAAUAACUUCUGUAAUUACUGAGAAUAUUUCAUCUUGUUUUUUGUUUUAUAAGAAAAAAAAAGAAAAUGUG